AUGUCCAACAAUAACAACGACAAGGCUUCUACUACCAACAACAACAAGCCUUCAUCAUUAUCUAAUACUGUAACAAUUGAUGACGAUUCUAAUAAUAAUAAUAAUAAUAAUAAUAUUACUAGUACAAGUACUAUUAAAAAAUCAUCAAAUAUUGGAAUGUUAACAAGAGAAGAAAAACAAAGUUUUGAAGAAUUAAUUGAUUUUUGUUCACAUAAUAAUGAACAAGUUCGUAUAACAGGAUUAUCAAAUUUAUUAAAAUUUUUAAGAAUUGAAGAAUAUUUAAAUAAUUUAAGAUUUACAAUUAGAGUAUUAGAAAAAUGUAUUAAAACACUUGUUAAUUUAACAAGUGAUAAAUCACAUUUUGUAUCAAAAUUAUCAAUUUCAUGUUUAAUUUUAUUAUCACAAGAUGAAUCAACUAUAUUUUUUAAUGAAAUGGUUAAAAAUGAUUUAAUUCAAAUUUUAAUGAAUAUUUUUAUUAAAAUGGAAAGAAGAGAAUUAAAUAAUGAAUUAAAUCAAAAUGAUAAAGAUACAUUAGAAUGUAUUUUAUUAUUAUUAUCAAAUUUAACUUCAAAUUCUGAACAAGCAAGAUUAAAAUUUUUAAAUAUGAAAACAAUUGAAGAAACUUUAAAAAAAUUAAAAAAGGCUAAUUUAAAAUCUAAUGAUUCAGAUGAUUCAGAUGAUGAUUCUGACACUGAGUCAGAUUCUGAUUCUGAUUCAGAUAAUUUAGAUGAAUUAAAAGAAUAUAAUAUAAUGAAAUUAAUUAAUUAUUUUAAUAGACCAAUGAAUGAAUUAAAAAUAUCAUUAAUAUCAUCACAUUUAAUACCUACUAUAUUAGGUAAUUUAAGUGUAAAUGAUCAUGCUAAAUAUAUAAUUGUAAAUAAUAAUUGUAAUAUAUCAUAUUUACAUUUAUUAUUAUUUAAAAAUAAUAAUUUAGAUUUAUUAAAUAAUUUAGAUAUUCAACAAGAUAAAUGUUUAAGAAGAAGAUCAAUUUUAGCAAUUUUAAAAAAUUGUUUAUUUAAAAAAAAUUUAAUUCCAAAUAUAAUUUAUGCAAAUGAUACAAAUUUAAAUUUAUUUGAUUUAUUAUAUUAUCAAUUAAAUUCUAAUUUUCCUAUUUUUAUUCAACAAUUAACUAUUGAAUGUUUACAAUUAAUUUCAGAUUUACCUUUUGGUUUGGAAUAUUUACAUCCAUAUUUAGAUAAAUUAAUUGAAUUAAAUAAUUCAAAUUUAGAUCAAAUUAUUCAAGCAAUUCAAACUAGAAAUUUAGUUAAACCUGGUACUUUAAUUAAAAUUGAUGAAAAUGGUCAAAUGAUUAAUUUAAAUACUUUUAAUGAAGAUUUACAACAACAUGAACAUAAUAUUAAUAAUAUUAAUAAUAAUAAUAAUAGUCAUGGUAGUAGUCAUGGUGAUGAUAAUGAUGGUAGUGGUGGUAGUGGUGAAAAGAAUUUUGAUGAUUUGGAUUAA